AUUUCAACCGAGCUGAAAGGUCGGCCGGUUGGCUAGUCGACGAUGGAGGAGAAGUGAGCAAAGCUAAAACUAACAAAGAAAGCCAAGCGCGACAGAAUGACAGAGCCAGUAGCCGUAUGAAUGGUAAAUGGUAAAUGGACGGAUGCGACUAAUGUGAGUUUAUUAGUUAGACGCACACGGACUGUCGCGUUGUGAGGACGUGCUUUCUUGCAAAAUAGUUCUGAUUAGUGAAGUUUUUUAUAUAUUUGUGUAUUUUUGCAAUAACGUGUAUUUCAAUGUUACUGUCACAUACACAUUUGUACGUACAAAUCAAAAAAGGGUUGUUAUCAGUGAAUAAGUGUUGCCUCAGGUAUUCCACAUACCUUCGGAAAAUUUUCAAUAAAUUAUGCUUACAAAUUGAACACAAACAAGUCAAACGUCGUAUCAAAAAUUAAAAAAAAAGUAAAUAAACAAUUUGCGCUCUAAAACCGCCGCGAGAACUAAUUGAGCAUUUAUCUACCUGUAGCGGAAAUGUUUACACUGUUAUCAGUUAUUUCUUUGUCCAGUUGUGUAUAAAAGUCUUAAUAACUUUAGCGGCAGAAAUAAACAAACAUAUUACACACCGCAUAUGAAUCGGACACAGAGAGGCGGUAAUUGAACAAAUUAGUGGUGCGACUGAAUAGUGACAUAAAUCCACCCACUAAGAAUACAAAUAUACUCGUUUGUUUAUGUAUGUAAGUAUGUAUGUACAUACAUAUGAACAUAACUUGAGCUACUGUACACAUGGAUACCUACAAACAUAUGAGCACAAAUACCUUCUUAUGGGACAAUGUGGCGGUAAAUAACGUACCACCCUUAUCCCGCCGCAUCUAACUAACUGAGCGACAAAGUCGUCAAUCAGCUGCUUAUCCAUUCCCGUCGCUAAAGCAGUGGCACUGUCUGCAUACUACCAUCAGUCCUAAAGUCGACUUCACCACCAACGUCACCUCCAUCCGCCAGCAUACGGGGGCCGUUACCGCCGUCGCCGAUGACACAAACAACGUAACCAAUAAACCAAAAUCGAAUUUUUAAAUUGGCAUCAAAGUGUAAAAACCGUUAGAUAAAAUUGAAUUAUCCCAAUGUGUGUGGCCACAGUCACUCGCAGGACAUCGGCGCGCAAGGACGCACUCAUACUCGCACUUGCACGCAGGAAGUGCAAAAGCGAAAGGCAUACGAGUUUGUAGUAGUGUUCUCUUCAACAUUAGCAAUCAGUGACCGGUAACUGUUUUAUUUAACUCUCUCACUCGUUCGCUCCCUUACAAGUGAUUCAGGGAAGUAUUCUAAUUGGAAUCCAAUUGUCGAAUUAGAAAAGACGAACACCUAAAUGUGUGACAAAAAAUAUAUAUUGAAAUCAACAACAUACCAAACCAUAAAAAAGUGUAAUGAAAACACACAUACAAAAGUUAAUGCGCGUUAAUACAAAAUUACAAUAACAAAAUUACUGAAAAACUGAAACAGAAAUGGAGUUUCCAGAGCUGCAAUAACAUUCCGCAAAUAUCGACAUCUCCAGGAUGAAACAUAUGUAUAUAAAACAAAUUGCAUUUGCUCUGUUUUGUUAAAAAGUGUAUAAGGUUCCUAUCGUUAAUUAAAAAUAUUAAAAAAAUUAUUGUGAUUAUUUACAUACAAGUAUAUGUGCGUAUGUACAUAAAGCUGAGCAAGUGCAUGUUUUAACGAAAAUCAAAAUAUUAACACUGUGGGUAUGUUAAGUUCUUAAAAAAUAUCAAAUAAAGUAUAAAUCAGCUCUUUAUUACGAAAAGCUGAAAGUCAAGUGUUGGUGUGUUAAAUCCGAAUGUGGAUCGGUACAACAAAGGUCUACGAAUGAACUUAACGCGGCACAUAGCUAAUAUUGUAGACUGAUUCCUUUUAAUAUAUUUACAUAUCACGUCGUGCAUAUGUGAGUUGAAAAAAGCAUCGCAGAAACUAAAAUAUUGUAGCCGCGGCCGAAGUGCCUCUUGAUGUGGAUAAACUCCUCGUCAGGCUUCCAUAAACCCUACUAAUUGCUAACUCAGGAAAGAUGAGAAUUAAAAUGCCCGCCGUCAGAAUUGCCCAAGACUCAGAUGCCAUGGAAACAGACCCGUCGGCACAGGAUAUGCUUACGUGUGGAUCCUGCCAAAAGACUUUUGCUCUUUCUGAUAUAGUUAAAUUUAUUCAACAUAAAGUGCUGCAAUGCAAUAAAGAGAACUAUGGACAGUGCUCGACUCAGGCUUCUUCGACCGAUAGGGAUACGGAUGAUGGCCGACCUUUAAGCUUAGUCAACAGAAGACCCUCGAUAUCGGCGCCAAUAAUUAGUCGAAAAACAUCUAGGUCUGGAUCACGAAUACAUACACCGCCUCCAAGCCCUGCGGACCUUUUAGCUGAUGGCGCGUGCAGUACGCCUAAGCGCUUAGUGGACGAAAAUGAUAACACAGCGCCCAGAAAUGAAGGAUCGGUAGAGAAGAGCGCAUCCUUGGAAAUCGCAAACAAUAACUUAACCGAAUCGUAUGUAGUAGGUGAUUCAGAAAAAGCAAAUACUAUUACGAUAAAGCAGGAACAAGAGCAAUGUGCUGAAGUAAGCAUAAAUAUUGCAUUGCAUGCAAAUGAUUACAACCAGGACAAUAACGGUGGGCAGCCGUUGCCUAAACGCCCUAAAAUAGAAGUGGUUGACUCAGAGUCCAACACAUUACACACAGAACCCAGCAAUUAUACAUGUUCCACAUGCAAGACUCGUUUCACAUCUGCUUGGCGAUUAAUUCAGCAUGUGCAAUAUUCGCAUGACGUUAAGAUAUAUGUAGAACUUCCCACCUCUCUAUCUCCCCAUUCCGAUUCAGUGUCGGAUCCUGCGUUGUCAAAUUUGCCUUUAUCAGCAUCUGUGCCUGUAUCGGCACCAACAAUAAUAUCAGCGAUAUCAACUGCACAGCCUUUAUCGACUUUACCCUCCGCCACUUCUUCUUUAUAUCCGCCCGUCAGUCAUCAAUCACACAAAACUGAUAACUCGAGUACAAACUGCAACAUUAGUAGCAAUAGCAGCGGUAGUGGAACUAACAACGCCUCUACCGGCAUACCAGCCCCUACUUGUAGUGGUCAUUCAAAUGCUGUCCAACAGCAACAUCAGCAAAUCCAGCAACAGCUUCAACAACAUCGAGCAGCAGUUGCUGCUGCUGCAGCAGUUGAACAACAUAAGCAACAGCAACAAAGCAAUCUUACAACAGCAAUGCAGAAUGCGCAAAAUUUAGCUGCCGCUGCAGCUGCGGGCAUUCGGCAUCAUACGCUGUUGCCACCACCUGACAUGCACGCAAAUCCAUUUAAUUUGCUGCGGAUGCCUUUACCACCUUCAUUGGCACAAAACCCUGCAGUUCCUACUGUCACACCUCUAUUUUCGCGACCCCAUCCCGACCAUUACAGAAUGGAACAACUUGUGUCGGAGCAGUUUAGACAUCAUGGUUUAAAUUUAGCAGCAGCUGCUGUAGCGGCAGCAAGUUCACUCUCCACGCCACACUCUGGAGUUUCUCAAUUCAGUCAGGGUACUAAUGCAUCUUCGAGCAACUCUAUGGAAUCACGACCUCCUUCAAACAGUAAUAACCACCGUGGCUCAGGGCCGUCCACACCACUACCACCUCCACCAAUAAUUAUUCCACAACAGAACACCGCUAAUCAGGUGGGGUCCCAGACUGGUAUAAAUCUUGAGCCUCAGAUGGAUUUUUACUCGCAGCGAUUGCGUCAGCUUGCAGGAACAACAAGUCCUGGGGCUGGAAAUAUUGUUAACUCGAGCUCGCCGAGUCCACGACAAAAGCAAUCGCCUCAUUUUGCGAGCCCAUCACCAUCCCAACUACCUCCUACUCCUGUGACAAACAAUACGAGACCACAUUCACUAACUCCUCCACAAAACAGUGAUUCUCUGAAGCAGGAAAUCGAAAACAUCAAUUCUACUCCUCGAUCAGCUUCUACACCGCCUUCAAAGCCCAGCCAAGAGAAUGCUGCUGUGUUUGCAUGCCCGUAUUGUGAAAAGAAAUUUAGAUUUGAAAAUAACUUAAUAAUUCAUCAGAGAAUACACACCGGAGAAAAGCCAUACAAAUGCACAGCCUGCGAAUUUGAAUGUUCUCAUAUCAAUAAACUGAUGAAGCAUAUGAGAAUUCAUCGCGGCCCAGAAGAUAGCGCAAGUAAUGCAGGCUCUAUAGAUUCCAACGAUGCUGGUGAUUCAGAAGCUGAUGCCGAUGCUGACGGAGAGGCUGAAGGUGAAGGAGAUGCGGAAAUCGAUGGGGAGGAGGAGAACAUUGACGACGACGGGUUGGAAGAUGACGAGGAGGACGAUGUCGAAGAUGGAGAAGAUAUUGAUUAUGAAGCGGAAGACCUAAGCGUUAGUAAUAGGAUCGAUAUACAGAGUGAAAGCCCAAAGACUAGAAGUACUCGUCCUACAUCGCUGGUAGGAGAACUAAUGGACAAAUUUGGUUUGUCAAAUAUAGCACAAUACUCUGAAGCUUACAAGCAAGCGUUGCAAGAAUCUGGAAAAUUCAAAUAUUUAACAAAUAAGGAUAGAGACAAUAACAACUCAAGUAAUUCAGCAAUAUCGCACGUAUCCGAUAAAUUGAAUGGCUUCCCAACGGCAUUACGCCUGCGAGAUGAGCUCUCGAAGAACAUGUUUCAGCAAUCACCUCAAUCUGAUGGCCAGAAUCAAGUACCGCUAUUUAAUCCAUUUCAAAACCCAUUCGAACUAUCUAAACGAGUUAAAAUGGAUGGGAAUGACUGGUGGAAUAUGUCAGCUUUGCAUCGGAAUGAUUCGAUUUUCGAGAAUCUUAAAAUUAAACCAUUGGGUCUUGGUACUGCUAACUCGAUGCUCCACAAUCAAAUGUUAAAAAAAGAUAAUCGACAACGUAAUGACACUUGUGAAUUCUGUGGUAAAGUUUUUAAAAACUGCUCCAACCUCACCGUUCACCGUCGAAGUCAUACGGGAGAAAAACCCUACAAGUGUGAAUUGUGUUCCUAUGCCUGUGCGCAAAGUUCAAAAUUAACACGCCACAUGAAAACGCACGGACGCACUGGUAAAGACGUUUAUCGUUGUCGUUUCUGUGAUAUGCCUUUUAGUGUGCCGUCAACACUAGAAAAGCAUAUGCGCAAAUGUGUUGUCAACCAAGGUAAAGCAGCAGCAGCUGCAGCAAACGCUGCCAACGCUGUGGCAGCAGCACAAGCGGCAGCGGCGGCUCAACAUCUUCAAUCACAAUUACCAGCGCAAUUAUCACCUGCAAACUCACUCUCAUCCUUUCCAUCACAAUAUGUUGGCAUCACUGGCAGCAACACUGGCAACAAUAUCUCACUGCCUGGUAGCAUUAGUGGCGAUAACGAUACCAAUCUGCCCACAAAUCUACCAACACACCACAUCUCAUUAAAGGAAGAGGCAUGACUUUUUCCACCUUGGAUUAGAAACACAAGUAGCGGUCCGGAUAACUCUAUGAACUAUAGUUUACAUCACCAGCACAUACCAUCUCGGUUAUUACCACCCCUGCCACCAACACAGCAGCAUCAACAUCUUCCAUUCGAUUCCCGCCUUCACCCCUAUCAUACGCAACAUGCCAUGCCCCCAAACAGCCAGUCUCAUCAGUUAACGACGGCAAAUCGUAUGAUGUCCCGCAUUUUCUAAAGAGUCUUCAAUUGCUUCGAUUUCCUUUACAUCGAAGCGGCACUGAACUUUUUUGCUUUACGACCACAUAGAGUUUUUUCUGAGAUACAACCAGAGGCAUUCGAUACCAAAGCAAUAAUCUAAAUAUAUGUAUAUAAAUUAAGUAUGCAAUAAGUCUCUCACAUAUUUUCAUACAUACAUUCGCUCAUAUGAUCAUGCCUAAUGCUUACAUAUGGUAUGUAUAUGGAUGUUAUCCAUUGAUUUUUUUGGCCUUACUUGCCUUAUCGACUUACUUACAUUUAAUUUAAUUAAUAUGUGAAAUACAUUGAAAUUAUAAUAGUUUCUUUUUCCCCAGUGUAAAUUUUUUUUCAUGCCCAGUGACUUGUACACAUUUUUUCCACAUGUACAUAAAUGUAUAUUUAAAACUAAAAAGAAAAUUAAGUAAUAAGUUAUAUUAAAACUAUGGCAUUUUCUGUUUUUGUUUUUAGAAUAAUCUACGCAACCUUAUACUACCCGAACUAUAAAAAUUCUUACUUGAAGUUGAAUAGAUUUUAACAAAUUGUGUACUUGUUAAUAUUUUAUUGUGAAUUAUUAGAAAAUAUAAAUGUAUAUGAAUUUUAAAAAUAUAUAGCACUAAAUACAAUAUGUUCGACUAUGAGUUUUCUGUUUUUGAUGUCAUGAACAAUACAAAGCAAAUGAAAGACAAUGUUCUAUAAGUAUAUCCAAGACUGAAAUAAUUGCGUGAAUAUUAUAAUUUAAUAAUUUCUUUUCAUUAUGUGUACAAGUAAGCUCGCCUAAAAAUUCGUGUUAAGAAAUUACAACUACAAGUAUGUACGAAUGUAUGGUAUGUAGCGAAUAAGUGACACAAUUUUUUUUAUAUAUUUUUAUAAAAAUUUGUUUUAAUCUGCUGAUAUAAUGUUAAUUGUUUUAUAACCUUUUCCGUUGAAAAUUUUUGUUAUUGUCGAUGAUAACACUAGCGGUGUUCUAAAUAUUGCUUCCGAGCAGAUGGUAACAUUUUGUGCGCUAAUGCUCAGUGGCAAGUUUUUAUGGACGAAAGGGAUGGAUUGAAAUCAGCGGUGAAUACCACUGUGCUCAAUACGCAUAUGUUCGUGCUUCACCGUUGUUUUAAAUGCAUCCGAAAAUGUUGAAAUUGUAACGAUUUAUAUACUUUAAAAUGUAGUUCUCUAAAUAUGUUUCAAGUAAUCACUUUUAUAUUUAAUUCUUUUAAAUUAAUUAGCUAAAGAUAUUAAUUUUAAAACUGAUUUCUUGUUCUAUCAUUUCAUAAAUAGCCUUUGUUUAUGAAAAGCAACAUAUUUAGAUACCACAAUAUUAAUUGAGAUCCAGCCCGAUUUUUAUACUAUAAUAUCCUUCCCAAUUCAGAUCAGGCAUUAAGAAAAAAAAAAUUAAUUAAAUGUUAUGUUCUUUUAUAGUAAUUAUAAUAAAUACGAGUGUUUGUUGCGCGCAAGGGUGUUCAUAAUAUCAUAUAAAGUAUUUAUAAAAAAGUAACUUAUGCAUGUGUCUGUAUAUGAGUGUAUGUGUGCAUGUUGAAAAAAGUGCGCACAUUUUAGCUAAUUAUCAAUGUCAAAUAUUUAAUACAUAAUACGAUUAUGAUUUAAAGAAAGUAUAUUUUAUAUUUUGCAUUAAAAAUUAUUUCUAUUUAAUAAAUAAUAAAACCAAAAUAAAAAACUAUAUAAUUUUUACUUAUAAAUCAAUGAGCAAAACAAAAAAAAAAAAAAAAUUAAAUCACAAUAAACAAUUGUAUACAGAUGAACGUUUAUAUAUAAAAAUUAAUGUAAAUAUAAUAUUUCAAAUAUUUUAUAUGUGUGUGCAAGGAUAAGUUAUAGAAUUAUGUAACGCAGAUUGUAAGUUAAAAUGAAAAUAAAGGUAAAAUUGGUAAGAUCAAACUUCUACAAACUA